AUGACCUUGCAGCAGUUCCGGCCUCCCCCCUUCUCUACCUCCUCUUCUUUUUUUUCCUGUACUCCUGUCUCGGCUUCCUCGAGUUUUGCUGCACGCGCCUCCUCCACCCCCCCAGGCUCUGCUGGCUCUUCGUCUGCGGAGUUUUCCUCGUCGAAGCCUCGCGGCGCGGCGCCUCGCGCUUCCGUGUUCCCGCCGUCUCUCACGCGUACACACUGGGAGUUUGAUUUCUCUUCUGCACCAACCUUGGACUGUUGUGUGGCACCUGCUCCCUCGCCGGCUGCGACUCGCUCUCUCCCCCUAUACGAAUUUGCCUCGUUUCGCCUCAGCCAUGCCUCCGCCCCACAGAGCAGGUGGUCCGGUGCACAUACGCCGACUGACUUUGUGAUCGGACUCCAGCCCCCGCGGAGAGUUCCUCGGGCGUCGAUUCCCUUCGCGUCCUGCGCGGCGGCUCGUUCGUCUUCGUGCCUCCUGCUGCUCCUCUCGCUCUUUGGUUUCUUCCUUUCGCCGCUGAGUAGUUUUAGCCUUGCGUCGUGGUCGCUCUCUCCUCGUUCCCCACGAGCGCGGUCGCCUCUUUCUGCCACGUUCCCGUCUUCUCUGCGUGCGUUCUCCUGGGAUCUCACGUUGUCGAACUGGGCGCGGCCGAGCGCGGGGGACGACGGCAGCGAUUCCUCUUGGGCGUGGGCGCGGCCUUCUUCAAAGGCGCAUCAAACCGAAAGCUCCCUGCGCUCGUUCGCCUCCUGCAGACAGGCCACGUCGCGCGUGCAGGUUGCCCUGCGCUGCGAGGCAAACCAGAAUGGCGUUGAUUCGCGUGGUUCAGCGAGACGGGAUGCGGAGGCCGGAAGCGAAGACAGUGGUGAGGAUCUUCGGCGAGCCUCACAGCUGAGCGUGCAUCGCCCUGCCUCCGCUUCGCCCUUGUUCAUUUCUUCGGUCUUCUUUCUUCCUCUCCCCAGCCACCUUCCUGAAGCGAAAACCGCCGACGCUCAGUCUCUCCGUGCGGUUGCCGCUUCCACCUUUUCCUCUCUCCAGUUCGCCGCUCCGCAGUCGGGGCUGCCGCGGUCUUCCGCGGGCCUCCUGUCGUCUCUCGCCUUCUCGCCGCUGCCUCAGUCUUCGUCUCCUUUGCCUUCUGCAUCUUCUCCGCCUUCGGCAUCUUCUCUGUUUGCGUAUGGCGCCAAGUACCCGUACGCCACGCAGUCGAACCGGAUCAACAAGAAGGCUCCGUGUGUCUUGUCUUCUCCCUCCGCGUUCCCCGCGCUGCUUUUGGCGCUGCCUCCGCUGAACAUCACGGCGGUGAAUCCUGCCUACGUGGGGCAGCACGUGCGGCUGCCAGUGCUGCCCUCUGCGGACUUUUUCUCGCUCCUCACGGCGCCGCGCCUCGCCUCGUUCUUCCCGCCCAGCACGCGCAUCAGGCAGUUCCUCCGCGGCCAAGGCGGCAUCGAGAUAUCUGACGAGAGCCAGCCCUACUUUCCUCUCCUUCGCGACCUCGCUGCGAAAAAGCGUGAGGCCGCGCCGCGCGAAGAGGAAACCCCUUGGGAGACGGGCCGCGCGACUGCGGCGGCGCCUGGCGCAGGCGGCGGUCCACCGGAUCGCCGCGUGCAGAGCGAAUACGCCGAGCUGCUCGACUUCCUCCGGAGGCGCGAAGGAGGUGCCGCCGAGGCUGGAGGGCGUAAGGCGAAGAAGGAGCCAGACGUGGGCGGCCAAGCUGCGUGUCGAGCCGAUUCGCCGCCGUGCGAGGGAGUGGUGGCAGUCGGCGAGGUCGAGGGCGCCGCGAAAGUUCUCUCACAGUCCCGCGUGCUGUUCGAAGAGAUCGCCAAGGUAUCUGAGACCAAGAAACAAAUGUACAAAGGCAAAAAGGUCUGGCGGGAAGACCUGCAUCCCACGAAAAGCAUCUUCGAUCAACCCGGAUUCCCCGGCGACGCGCUACCCUUCAUUCGCCAGCACAACGCCGACAUGCUGGAGCAGGGCAAGCUCGACCAAGUGAUCAACGAAGAUGAACUGAGAUGCGAUGCGCUAUGGGUUGAUGAUGAAGGCCGAAUCGUCAAGUUGAAGGCAAAUGUCCACAUCGGCGAAAUCCGACGGGGGCCGAACCCGGCGCCUGUAACGCGCGAGCGCCAAGCCCUGCUCGCGAAGCUUCUUAGUGCGGAACCCGCGUGGCGAUUUGUGGUCACUACUCACCUCGGGUACAUCGAGGAGAGGAAUCUGAAGGUCGGAGACGUCCCGGAGAUGUUUGCAGCCAAGUACAUGCGCGAAAUUUGGAAUAAUCACUUUGCGCUUCCGAAGCGAGGCCGACAGCCUCUCGUCCUCGAUGAUGGAACUAUUGUGCCGUAG